GACCUGCGGCAGCUGAUCCUCAGCUCGCUCAACUCCCAGCUGGGCGCGGGUGCGGCCUCGCCGACCGCGGCGCCGCCAACGGACAAGCCGCUGGAGGAGCUCUCGAAGGAGGAGCUGAUCGCGAAGGUGAAGGGCCUCCAGGCCGGUGGGGCCGUGGCCGCGCCGGCCGCGGACGCGGCGCCCGGCGGCCCGCCGCCGAUCACCCUCGAGGAUUGGAUGUCGCGAAGCACAACACCAAGGACGACGCCUGGCUCGUGGUGAAUGGCGAUGUCAUCGACGUGACCAAGUGGAUCCCGAUCCACCCGGGCGGAGAGCAGGCCAUCGCAGCGUACUUCGGGAAGGACGCCACCGAGGAGUGGAACAUGAUCCACAAGAAGGACAUGGCCAGGCGCUCGUCCACUGCUCUUCCUCUUCCAGAUCGCCACUCCCCCUCCACCGCCGCUGCCCUGCCUGUCGUCCCGGCGGCGUGA